UGAUGGACCUGGUUGCUCUGUGGCUCUAGCUCCCUGGCCCCUCCUCAUAUCGCAGUUGCUUAGCACUUCGUAUUGGAAGAUGCUGUGUCAUUAGCACAGAGAUGUUGACAGGACCGAUGGGCUCCUUGCUGUGGGUCUCCAUAGUCUCUCUCUGACCUCAUGUCCGCAACUUAGUACUUACAGUACCAAAGGCUGUUCUGUGGACGAAGACUUGGAACAAGUCUAUAUAUAAAAGACCUUGUAUAAAAGACUUUAUUUUGCGUACAAGAGCGUGAGUCCGUCUUGGGGGAAGAAAGUACUUAACUACUAAUCAUCUAGUUGUGUUUUCAGAGAGGUUGAGCUUCGGCUCUUUGGUCCCGGCUUCCACAAAGUGUUAGAGUGAGUUAGGGAGGCGAGAGGGACAAUGAAGGGGUUGAUGAGUGUGUGAGGGAGAGUUGAUGCGUGGGAGUGUGUUGGAGGCGGUGAGGGAGGAGGAGAGUGUCGUGGUGGAGGAGACAGAGAGGAGAAUCUCCCACCACCGUCAGCGCUGCCCGUCUCUUCACUCACUCCUCCGCCGUCAGCUCCUGACGCAGGGAUCCAAGAUGGCCGCCGCUUUCCGCAAGCUUUUCCGUUCUAGCGACAAACUGGAGCCGCAGUUCCCGCCCGCCACACCGACCAAUCAGAGCAGCGCGCGUAGGGAAUCAUCCUCCGCUUCCAGAACCUCCCAGAACCAGCCAGCUGGAGCGUGGCGCCAUGACACCACCUCAGAUGAGGGAGAAGUGUUGGUGGAUGGUGGAGAAGGCAGUGUUGGCGGCGGCGCCAGCAUCGCAGGGCUCAACUCACCCUCCAACACUCGAAGGUUCUUCUCCAGACACACAUACCUCGACGGUAGCCGCGUCGGGCCCUCGGAAGGCGUAGUUGGAAGUCCCAAGACUUCGAAUCGCGGGAAAACAUCGCCUUCUUCGGCGGCUUCCGCUGCGACGGCUGCCGCAGGCCUCUUCAAGAAGAGCAGCAGCAGCAGCAGCAGCGCCGCCAGCAGCGGCCUCCUGAACGAGUCGACGACGAAGCACAUGAAGGUCGUGAGAACUCGCAGACUCAUGAAGGAGUUCGAGGAACUCUCUAGAACCCAACAGAACGCCAAGGACCCAGUCUUCACAGUCGACCUUGUCAAUGACUGUCUCUACGAGUGGAAGGUCAAGUUGCUGCGGGUUGACUCGGACUCCGAGCUGUACCGAGACAUGCAGGAGCUGGGCAUCCACCACAUACUCCUCUCUCUCAGCUUCCCGGAGAACUUCCCCUUCCAUCCGCCCUUCCUCAGAGUACUCUCACCCAGACUGGAAAAGGGCUUCGUGAUGGAGGGAGGCGCCAUCUGUAUGGAAGGAGCUCCCUCACCUGUGUUGAUCCCUUCCCCUUCGGCCGUGCCUGUUCUUUCUCCUGUCUCCUCUGUGGGUGGCGGUCUCCUCCCCCGAGUCGUUGAGGCUGACAUUCUGUGGGGUCGUGCUCCCCCGGUUGUGGGGCGGCCUGCCGCCGGCUCUUCUCGGGUGCCUCCUGCAGGGGGUGACAGCUCCGAUGACCAACGGCCUGUCCCCAAGCGUUCACGUACGGAUACGGGUGCUUUGCCUCCUCGUACGUGGGCAGAGGAAUGUGAGGAUGCGGCGUGUGUUGAUAUUUCUUCUGCGAGCUGUUCCUCUGUGGAGUGCGAGGAUGGUGCGUCUGGUGCUGGCGUGGUUCCGGUGGAUGGUGUGGCCCCUGGUGUGGCUCCUGCUGUAGGGGCGGGGGCCGGUGUGGGGCCUGUGGCUCUUGAUUCGGGUGCGUCGCCCGCGUCGGAUGGUUCCGGUUCCUCGUGGGGGGUGGUUCCCCCUUGCGAGGUUGAGGGUGAGCGUGGCGACCUGGUGGUGGUGCUGAAGAAAACUGCUCGCUCUGAGGGUUCCGUGCCCCCUUCCCUGUCCCCUGUUUCGUCGACGCAGGUUUUGCCCUCUCGAGUCUAUGGCCAUUUCUUCUGUGUCUCCUGCUUUGUCGGAGGGGGUGUUGCCGCCUCGGCAGCCUCCGCCCGCUGUUCCGGUAUCUCCUGCUUCCACGGCGGAGGUGUUCCUGCCUCACCUGACUCGUUCUUCGUCUUCGGUGUCCUCUGCAUUAGUAUAUUUCUUGAAGGUGAUAGAAAGGGUGAUAUCAAUGAUUAUAGCAUGAAUCUUCUCUAUUUUUCUUAUGUGUUUAGUCACAAAGAGACCUCGAUGCCUCCGGAUAAUCAUGGUAGAGACAUCAUUGUCCGGAGGUGCUUGGGACGGAUAUCACGGAAACACAGAGCCCCAAAGGAAUUUAAUAAGAGAUCAGCCGAGUCAGCCUUCAGGUCCCUGGUCAAGACUCACGAGAAAUAUGGCUGGGUCACACCUCCGCUCUCCGAGGGGUAACACAGGACCUGACCUACCUCAACAACUCUUCAGCGUUCAUCAAUCCAUCCGAGUGAUAUCCGAUCCACGAUUCCAGUUACAGGCAAGAAUCGAAUCCUCUUUGCAAGUGAAUCCAGUUUUCCUUUGUUCCUGCUGAAAUAACCCUCCCAAAAUGCUCUCUGAUCCCACAAUGUUUCAGAUGUAGAUUCACAACUCACCUCUUUUGUCUGCGAGUACUUCAAGGUAGAGGCAUCAAACAGGGGUGUUUUGAUAAUCUAGUCAUGUGAUUAAUGCUGGUUUUGAUAAUCUAGUCAUGUGAUUAAUGCUGGUUUUGAUAAUCUAGUCAUGUGAUCAAUGCUGGUUUUGAUAAUCUAGUCAUGUGAUCAAUGCAGGUUUUGAUAAUCUAGUCAUGUGAUUAAUGCUGGAUAAAAGACAUUUUAGGCUAAAAGUGUCAGUAAUUUUUGUAUUACAUUAUAGACAGUUGUUAUAUCAUCGAAUACGAGGACUUAAUUGAAAAAGGAGUUUAGAUUUUUAUUGCAUUCUCAUCAAUUACUUUUUCCUUGAGUAGGAGGAACCUUGGGGCCCUAAACGAAUUGUGUUUGGUAGUCAUUUGCUCAUUUGUUUACAGCUGAAUGAUAAACAAGUGAGCAGAGUUGUUUUUAAUGAUAAACAAGUGAGCAGAGUUGUUUUUAAUGAUAAACAAGUGAGCAGAGUUGUUUUUAAUGAUAAACAAGUGAGCAGAGUUGUUUUUAAUGAUAAACAAGUGAGCAGAGUUGUUUUUAGUGAUAAACAAGUGAGCAGAGUUGUUUUUAAUGAUAAACAAGUGAGCAGAGUUGUUUUUAAUGAUAAACAAGUGAGCAGAGUUGUUUUUAAUGAUAAACAAGUGAGCAGUUAUUUUUAUCACAUCAUUGCUAUUGUAGUACAGUAUAGUUUUGUUACUAUUAAAUGCAAAUAAUUUGACCUAAAAAUGUUCUAUACAUUUUUUAACAUUUGGGUUCAAGGCAGAAAGGUUAAAAUAUUGAUAUAUUUUUAUGCAUUUAUAUAUCCGUUAGUCACUCCUAAUGAAAUAGAAGCCUUGGUGGAAACGUUUAGAGCACAUUUAACAAGAACAGAAACAUCAUCACCUGUACUAUUACAAAGCUGCUUCUGCCCUAAGCAGUCUGAUGGAGAUUCGUAUAAAUCACUUCAAUCAAUCAGUCACUUCUUUCAAUUUAACUGUGUUAGUCGUGGCAGUCUGUAGUUUAAUCUCCACUCUCUACUACACCUAAAUUGUUACAAAUUAUUAAAUAUUAUUAAUUGUAUGGUUAACAGUUUUCCCUAAUGUCUGUCACCAUUGUUUUGUUAAAAGGCUUUUCAAAUUAAAGCCUAAAGACUAAAUUUAAAGUCCUGGAAUGCUGGAUCAGUUACUAAUGUCAGUUAAAAGUUUUGUGAAACUAUAGUUAACAUUUUGCUGUCAGGACCUCAAGGUAACAGAGAAAAUAUGAAAAAUACUUUUUAUUUGCAAUAAUAUUUUUCAGGAUUUCAUCCUUGGACUGUUCAGCUAUAUAUAUUAAUAAUAAUAAAUAUAAUACUAAUAAUAAUACCCAGAGAAGUCACAUUAACAUUAUAUAUCAAAGAAUAAAUCCUCAAGAGCCUUGAUGAGGGUUCGAACCAAUGCGCUGAGAGUUCCCAGACGUGCUCUAGUCUGGGUACAUGUUGUGGUACAGUCGACUAGAGCAUGUCUGGGAACACUCAGUGCGUAGGUUCAAACCC